AUGCAUUUCCUCAUACCUGUCAUGGGUUUCAUUAGCGCGGGCCUAUUUGGGGUCUAUUCAGGCUCUGCUUACUUAGAUGUUAUUUCUCAAUCUCACAGUGGCUCUCAGGUACGAAGCAUUGAUACUAGUACCGACUCCAAGGGUUCGACUUACGAUGCCGGGCAUUUCAUCAUCAGCCCUCGAGGACAAGGGUUCCUCAUUCGGUCCGCACCAGUGGCUAUUUAUGUUGCCUUGGCGAACACGAUGUACGCAACGGGUCUACCGCAAAGGAUGACAGACUUAACGCUCUCAAGCGUCCAGAAGAUCGGGUUUAAUGCAAGGACAAAGAAUUUUGUCGCAAGGUGUCUCCCGUACUCUUCUGAAGCUUAUUCGUUUCUCAAGUUCUAUGGCCGAUCCAUCCUGUCGGUCGCCAAGGAAGGCGCGAUGAGGAAUCGCAUCACUGGUGAACUACCGCGCGAUUUUAUUGAACGGACAUUCCCUGAAAUUGCCGCCGCCUUUGACGUCUCCAAAUUGACCGCCGCACAGCCUUUAGCGAACUUUGCGGAGGAGUAUACUGGCAGCUUCCCGCAGAAUACUCUGGUGGGCGUCGUUGUAACGCCCUUUGCGUUUGCCUGUCGCGUCAUCUCCGAGCCCGACGUAUGCCGUGUUGAAAGCGAGAUAUGGGAAUUUCUCUCACGCGACGACUAUGACCUGUCUGAGAAAUCAAACUGGGAGGUUCUCAAGGACAUGAGCGGAGUUAUUGGGUCUGCCAUAGGGCACGCCUUGGGUCAAGCCUUCGGUGAAGGAUAUCGAUGGGGUCGAGAUCUAUCCUCGAUGUUACUGCAAAGUUAUAGCGUGAAUCUUUUCAUGCUCAUCGUGAGCUUUCUGCCAGUGUGCCGCGGUACUAUUAGGCCAGUUCUCAUCCGUGUAUUUAGAGACGGAGCUGUGGCUAUGCGCAAACUCCGAAGCAAAUGCAAUCACCAUUUGAGACGCCGCUACAACGUUCCCCAGAUCAUACAGGGAGAUUUAUCUAGAUUGAGACCUCAACGCAAGGUUGAAAAUGACAAUCAGGGACAAAAGCACAGAGAGGGUACUGCUCCUUUUCUAGAAACUCGGGAAGAAGGAUUCAUAGAAGAAACGUCCCUUUCCUUUGACAUGAAUAAUGUCGAAGAAAGGGAUGUUGGGUAUCCUCCUGACAGCACAAUUCAAUACGGAUAUGGCGAAGAAAACGAAAGUGAUGACAAUUAUGAAGAUUUCUGGUACUCUGAUGUUCAAACUAAGUUAAUGGACACAGAGUUUGUAGGUGCCGAAUCUAAGAGAGAGGGGCACACGAAUUCUUUCGAGCUCGACGAAGAAAUGAAUGCAGGAUUUACCGAAGAAGACACGGAUGAACAGAAUCCGUACAUGAAACCUGCCAAUGUCCUUCUCGGGAUCAAAUAUGGUGCCGACCAGAGUGGGAGGCGUCCAUUUGCUGACUCUUUCUCUUUCGACUCCGGGGAUGUAGAAGGCAGGGGCCUUAUAGGGACAAGUCCAGUUGGUUCAAAAGAUGACAAGGAAGAUUCCGCAAAUACCACGCCUUAUGGGGUUGGGGAAGCUAGAAGGGACCUAGCGAUCCGUCCAGGCUUCUCGGGGGCCGCAAGAGGUCACAGCAUGGAACCUCCGAUAACAGCCCCAGAAGGCGGCUCAGCCAAAGGCUGGGGAAGUUCAACGUGGUUUCCAGCAGUUCCCACCCUCCCAGAGGCAGUGGGGAGGAAGCGCAGACCACGAUACGUAGGCCCAGUCUUGUUUUACCAUGAAACAGGUGCGUAUAUUUGCAACAGAGACCUGUAG